AAACGCCGCACAGGUGGAAGGUGUGUGUCCUGAAAAACCAGUGGCGGGUGUCGGCUCCGUUACUCGGGCUCGCGUUCCUCCGGUAUGGCCCCCAGCUGCGUGGGGAACUGCGCGCCGCUGUUCUACCUUGCAGUAGUGUUUGAUGCGGCCGGGCUGGUGGUGCUGCUGGUCGGGAUUUUCGGCAACCUGAAGGUGGACGGCCGCUUCUACGGGGAUUUCCUUAUUUUCACGGGUUCCAUCGUGAUUUUCCUGAGUUUGAUGUGGUGGGUUCCGUGGUACGCUGGGAACGUGGAUCAGUGCACCGAGGACAGGGCCGGCUCCCUGGAGAUCAACUUUACGCAGUGGGCCAGGAAGCUGUCUGAGAGGCUCUCCAAAGGCGGCAUGAAGCCUCUGGAAGCGGGGGAUGAGAAGAAGAAGAAGAGCGUGGGGGACGUGGAGGAGAUGAACCGAACUGUGCGUGCUGCUCCGUGUCGGGUAACUUGGGAGGUCGGCAGUAGGCCUAGUGGAGCCAUGCCGGGUCAGGACAACACAGGCUUUGAUGGAUGGCCUGAGUGCGCGGGUCCAGCUGACAGGAACGUGGAGCUGGGGGUGCUGAAGAACUGCAGCGGGGCUCCAGCAGCAGGGGGCAAAGCCGAGAGGCUCCUCUGACAGGAUAAGGUGGCGUGCAGCUUUCUGGUCACCCUGCUUUUCCAAAAAUCCCAACACUGAAAACACUUAGUUUAUGAACUGAAGACACUUUUUUAUUUGACAUGGAAAGACAAUGUCUUAAUCAGGGAAAAGCCCCUUGCCUCCACAGUAUGCAAUGGGCUGUGCACAGAGAAAAAAAGAAGUCUUUGACUUAUAAAUAGCACAUUUCUAUUUUUAUCUGCUGAUUUUGUGAUGUCUGUAAAUAUUUUUUCUUGGCAAUAAAGUUUUCAUGUAAUUGUUGUGUGAGGGUGUUUCUGUAUACAGGUGACUGAUACUGCUUGGUGCCAGAUAACACACAGUAACGCCCACACUCUGGAGCUGCAACCCUUUUAUGUUUAUGUGUUAUUCUUCUUUUUCUUUUUCUUCUGUAUCAUUCAGGAAGCUGUCUGCACUCGUCACAUGUUUGAAAGCUGUAAAGAGCACCCAGGUGUUCUCACACUUUGUUGAUCUAAAUCAUCAACGCCAUAUUUCCAGUUUUUCCAAAUCCAUCUGUGAGCUGGAGAUAAGGCCUGGAUCAUGGUAAUGAAAUGAAGCCUCAUCCAAUGAUAGAGCCAGGAACUCUCUUUGACAGUUUUGAGGAAACGUGUCUCUUGUCAGGCAGUGUCAUGAGGAAGAUGUGACAUGUAGAUACAGAAAGGAAUGUGAGCAGAGUGUUGACACUCUUCCUGUUCAUCAGACUCAAAGGCUGGACAUUGAAGCAUUUCUUCUAAAUGCUCCUAACAAUUGCCACGUCGUACAAAUAGGUGUUCAAGCUGUGAAUAGAUUACAGCACCUAUCUGCCUGCUUCCUCAGCGCCGUCCUCCUUGAACCGGUAGGCCUCAACCUCUUCUUAAUCGGGGUCUGCACUCCCAUCAGCUUCUGGGAUUUCUUCGUCUUCUCAGGACCCCUCCUUAUCUUCCUCAGCCUGGUGUUCUGGAUCUUGUGGUACCUGGGAAACCUCGAGGUGCCAAUGGAAGAGUUGCUCCCCAAAUUACAUGCACAGCUUUUUCAUUCAGAACAAAACAGUUUUUGAGCAACUCUUGUGGGAGAAGGAAAUCAAAGCUUGUUACAGGUACGGAACUUCACAAUCAAGACUUGUGAAGUGAAAAAUGUACAUUAAAUGAAGCUGCGUGAGCUCUGAGUCUAAAGGGGGAAUCUGUCAGCUUCUGAAAAGAAAAAAGAAAAGGCGAGUUCUCUUUGGCAUGGUUUGUCAUCUCACUUUGUCUUGUGUAUUAUUUAGAAAUUGUGUGUCCUUUUAUGUAUCUAUUCAUUUAGCAUCACGUUGUUUUCAUAUGGAUUCCAAAAGAAAAUGUGUCACUUACAGUGUACAGAGGGUCAGAGGCCCCUGGCUGGCCCUGCCAUGGCCCCUGUGAUGACAAUUCUGUUUAAUUUGACAAAAAAGUAUAUUUCAUCCAAUCAUUUUUAUUUUGGUAUGUUCAUUAUGUAGUACUGUUCUUUGUUGCUUUUAAACUAAUCGCAUUUUUA